AAACAGAAGCUACUUCACCUGCGCUUCACCUCGUCUAAUGCCGAAUGUGCCUGCCCCAGUGACGGCGUCGCUCGAGAUCUCCUCGAUUACGUAUUCGGCCCAGAAUUUUCUCUCUAUAUAUCAACACACACAUAGCACGGGUCAGCUCUCGCUUAAGAGAAAUCAACACUCGCAUUACUUACCUAUACUUUACUUACGCUGUUUAUUAUUACAAUGCCGCGCGCGGCUUUUGAAUACGCGUCCUGGGUUCGUUGAUCGCUGUAUCGAGAGAUGGUCACUGCGAUGCAGGAGAGAUAGUAGGUACCGCCGCGAAGUCGCCGACUCGCCGCCAACGGCCAACCGCCAACGCCACGAAUUCGGUAGUGGGAGGAGAUGCGGCGACGCACGAAAGGCGUACGUGGUGAUGAAGACUAGGAAGAGGCCCGCGGCUUCUUUUUAUUCCGAGCUGUAAAAUACCUAUAAACAUUAUAUACGUACAGUUUGUGGUAUGUUAUGUGUCUGUUUAAGCGGGAAUUGCGUCAUACCGAUGAGUCUCUAUACGUAGCAUAUGCAGGAAGCCGAGAAACGCUGGCUAUGUAUAAAGCGGUGGGUAAUACCCAAGGUGAAUAUCACAUAGUAAAAUUUCAAAUGGGCCGCGCGCUCGUGUCGGCUUUGUUCUGUGUCUAUUGAGUACCUAUUACAUAUAGGAAGUAGGUAUCUCGAACCUUGAGUUAGGAUUUUUGUUAGAAUCACUAUGUUUUUCAACGGUUUUUUUAUUUCAACAGUUUUUACUUACUCUUCUCUCUCUCUUCGAUUUCAAGAUUUGAACAUAAUCAAUUUUAUCGCUAUAAUCAAUUCAUAUGACACAGAAACAGACAAACGGUUCAGCUGAGUAGCCAAUUUUGCCAUCAACCAAAGUAUAGCUACGAAGCAUGUUUGGUACGAAAGAAUUAAGAUGUAUCGAAAACGUCCCUAAAAUGCCAUUCAAAAAUGCCGCUUCACGUCGUCGUCGUAUUCGCGUUCAUAAAGACGUCAACCAAUGGUGACCGCGUCCAGUAUCAACAUCCCAAUAUACAUAUAUAACCCGCUGUCAUCGCACUGCAGUUCCGUCUUUCGCCGUGCGUUUCAAGCAUAACCUAAAAAUUCGUCAAAAAUGGCGCGUAAUGCAGAAAAGGCUAUGACCACACUGGCUCGAUGGCGAGCUGCACAUUGUAACGAUGGAAUAAAAAAAGAGCAGGAGAGGAGGCCAUAUCUGGCCUCUGAGUGCAAAGAUUUACGGAAAGCAGAAAAGUGGAGAAUGCAAAUCAUAAGAGAAAUAGCCAAAAAAGUAGCUCAAAUCCAGAAUGCAGGUCUGGGGGAAUUUAGGAUCAGGGAUCUCAAUGAUGAAAUCAAUAAACUACUCAGAGAAAAGAGGCAUUGGGAAGUUCAAAUUAAAGAAUUGGGAGGUCCGGAUUAUUCCAGAACAGGGCCACGCAUGUUGGAUCACGAAGGAAGAGAGGUACCAGGUAACCGAGGUUACAAAUAUUUUGGAGCAGCGAAAGACCUUCCCGGGGUCAGAGAAUUGUUUGAACAAGAACCUCCACCACCUCCUCGUAAGACCCGAGCAGAGCUGAUGAAGGACAUUGAUGCAGAUUACUAUGGCUACAGAGAUGACGACGACGGCAUACUCUUACCUCUAGAACAGAAAGAUGAGCAGGAUGACAGGGAACUAUUAAUUGAGGAAUGGAAGAAGAAGAAAGAUGACAAGCAGCCAGAACCUGCAGCUGAAGGUGAAGAGAUGGAAACUAAUCAAAUGCACAUACCUAGCCAAAGGGAAAUCCAGGAGGCUCUGCUUUUGCGUAAAAAGCAGGAGCUAUUGGAAAAAUACGUACUGUAAAUUUAACUUAGCUAAUAGAUCAUUUUCAUACAGUGAUACAAUUUUUCAUACAUAUAAGCGAGUGUAAAGUCUACAAACUUUAAGUGAAUAAAUUUUGUAAUUAAUGGGUUGUUAAGGAAAAGUGAAGGAAA